CAAACUUUAAUUUCUAGCGCGAAUCCUUCUCAUCACUCUCCAUCCACGCCAGCUCGGAACCUCGAAAAUCACACCUCACUCGACGAGAGGCUCUUCUCAGAUAAGCGCUGACAACGCACACAACCACUUUUCUCUCUGCAACCACCAUCAAUGCCUCCCCUUGACAUCGAUACCUGUGUUAGACCUGAACCGAACUGCAAACAAGUCUCCAUGCACCCGCAAUAGCAGCUGAGGCAUCACGUGUUGAUAGAUACAGUAUCUGUAUCCCCUCACCGUCUCCACACCGUCGGGAAUUGGGGGCCGCCUGAACAUCAAAAAGAAAGCAGCCGCAACGCCAACCCCAGCUCAGCCCAGCCAGAAUCUGUGUCACCAGGCUCAGGUAACACAGCAUCACCAUGGCUGAGUCCAAGGUCGCGCUCCAGGUCUGUUGGACCUGUAAAAUGGGCAAGAGGAAGUGUAGCAAAGAACUGCCCUCGUGCGCAAGAUGCUCAAAGCUGUUGUUGAAAUGUGACUACGACUACAACUUGACGGAAGCUAAUCCCCAGAAUAAACAAGUUACUUCACCUGCGUCGUCGGUGGAGGGUUCCACUCUCCCCUCUCUUCAGACCGCCUCCAGACUUAUGGCCGCCCUAUCCGAAAACUCUCCGAGAACUAUCAAGCUUGAGGCCAAUAUACCGUCUCAAGUCCUUAAUGUAUUAAUCAGUAAUGGGGAGGGUGUGCCUUCCGUCACCUCAAACUACUUCCGAACCAUCGAUGUUUGGUUGCCCGUCAUUGCACCAGAACCGUGUCUCAAGAGGCUUGAGACAAUCACUGCUGACAACAAUGUUGAGCUUGCCAGUCUACUACUAGCUAUGUUCCUGGUCACUAGACCACCCGGUCAAAAUAGCGGAAUCAAGGAGAUGCAGACUCCUCUUUACUUCGAUACGAAAACCUUGUACGCCUUCCUUGUCACCUUUGGCAGAUCCUCUAUCGAGAUCAUUCAAGCCGGCUUUCUCAUCUCUUUAUAUGAGAUAGGACAUGGCAUGACAGAAGCUGCUCAGGUGACAAUGAUCGUUACCUCAAGAUUAGCCACGAAGACAAAGAUCCGUCAGUAUAGAAAUUCGUCAGCCAAUAUUGCAAACACUGAGUUUGGCCGGCUAUGGUGGGGAAUCGUCACUUUGGAUCGGUACUUGAAUCAAGGUCUUGCUGCGGACGAAAUUCAACUCCUGGUUGGAACAUCGAAUGAUGGCGUGCCCUCCAUGGAAUUGCCCACGGAUGACGAGACAGGACUACCACCUCCAAUCUCUAUGCGAACCACUUCCGGCAUAUCAGCCUCCAAUCAACCCACCACUCGACUUGGGCCGUUCUGCCGGGCAUCUGAAGCUGGGCAUCUGCUCGGACAAGUUCUUGAUUUGGUCGCGGAAUCGUCCAACACUAACCAGAUGAAUGAAACGAAAUCGCGGGCUCUAGACAAAAACCUGCAAGAGCUGGCGGUGGUCCUUUUCCAAAGAGCUAUAAAUGGUUGGGAAGAAUGUUGUGCCGCCAUCGGAUUGUGUCUCAGUGCACUUGUGCUGCUUCAUGAAAGGACAUGGAUCCUAGCCAAGGACACAAUAGGUCAAGAGACAAGAAAGCAAGCUGCAGGAAUGGCAUUAUCCUCAGCAAUCAGAAUGGUGAUCGAUAUCUCCCGCAGAUUUCACAUGGACUUAGCUUUCAUUGACCUUCCGGCUCUUCCUCUUCCGGCUACUUAUGCUGUGUAUCGCACGACUUUGCUGUAUAUCCAGCUUGCUGGAGAUGAGUUCCAGGGCUCUGAAUGGUCCUCAAAUAUGGAGAGCUUGAAAAGUACACUUGGCCAUUUUGGCAAAAGGUGGAAUGUUGGCAGUAAGUCAUGGAAUGAUCGUGGUUAUGCACCCUGCUGACAACAUCAGAAUACUAUCUCGAAGUGAUCGCAGAUGAAAUGUCGAACGAACUCGAACGUCGAUCUCGAAACAACGAUAACAAUCUCGAAGGAGCCUUCCACAAAC